GCCUAGUCCCAGUCAAAAGCAAAAGAAAGCAAAGGAAGCAACCAAGAUCUUCUCUUCCUUCAUUAUCUGUUUCCUGUGCCUUCAGGCUUUCACCUGCUUUUAAAAAAUUGUGAGCUUCCCAUAGUUCAAGCAUGGAAAAUGCUGGCGACUAUGACUCACUUGAGUCUGCCACCACCUUAGGUGUAUCAGCACUUGCUCAUGAUCUCCUUCACUUUGGUGUUACCUCUCAGGUCCCAGAAAGGUUAAGCAAUCAUGUUGUGUCCCCAAAAACAGAUCAGGCUAAAUGGUAUAGAAAAUUGUUAGAUUCUUGCAAAGAAGCAAAACCCCUUCCCACCACAUCUGAAGAAGCAUCCACACUUGUCACUCACACCUUGAGGAAGUAUCAAAAGGCAGAUGUUGAGGGAUUAUUAGCAUUCUAUGGUCUUCCCCAACCACAAGAUGAAGUCAAAUCCCCUUCUAUUACCAAUGGAGUAAAAUUUGAAAUGCACACCUUGCCGGUUGAUGCAAAAGAAGUGGAAGAUGGUGAUGGUAUAACAGUUUAUGUUAGCACAGAAGAUCCCAGGGAAUCACCAUGUGUCCCUCCCAACGUGCUCACCGCAUCAUUGCGAAGAUCGGAAGCCUGUGCUCUGAGGAACCAUGCAGAGGCUGAUGCAUUCCAUAGAGAGAUUAUCGAUUCCGGAUAUAGGGUUCUUAAUAUUCAAAAUGAGGAAAUCCUGGCUAGAAAGUAUCGAAUUCGACUAAGGGGAAUUGAUGCACCGGAAAGUUCAAUGCGAUAUGGAAAGGUAGCUAAAAAGGAACUAAGAAAUGCUGUUCAAGGUAAAUCUUUGAGGAUCCUUGUUUAUGGAGAAGAUCGCUACGGUCGUUGUGUGAGUGAUGUUUACUAUAAUGGAGUUUUUGUGCAGGAAUUGAUGCUAAAGAAGGGUUUAGCAUGGCACUAUAAAGCCUAUGACAAACGAGAAGAACUGAAAACAUGGGAAAGAGAAGCUAGAGAAAGGCGAGUUGGAUUAUGGGCUUUGUCAAAUCCUGAGAAGCCAUGGGACUGGAGAAAGGACAGAAGAGAAGCAGAAGCUAAAAGCAUCAAUUUUAUCAAAUCCACUUGAUAAACUCAAAUAGAAGGACUCUUUCUUUCCAUGUUAUGUUAACGAAUUACAUGUAUUUGGAGCAACUAUAUUUUAACAAAAUUAUGUACUAUUUAAAAACUUGAUUAAGAAAACCACGUUUAUAAACCAUUUCUUAAAGAUCAAGUAGUAUUUCCUUUAUCAAGCAUUUUGAGACAAGUACUCUAAGAUAUUAUGAAGUACUUAAAAACGUAGGGUAAUUGGGUUGCACUGCUAAAUUUGGAUGUAUUUGAAACAAGUAGUUGAACAUUUCCUCUUCACUGGGCUGACAAAUGAAAGCAAUAAUGUUUAUUGAGUGCAGUUCAGUACCACCAGAUACAAAAAG